AUGCAUAUUGACCAUGACUACGUUUGCCCUCCUCCGGGAGCUAGCCGUUCGCCCUGCCCGGCAUUGAAUGCGUUGGCGAACCACAAUUACUUACCACAUGACGGUCGCAGAAUCAGCAUCCCUCAAUUGGUCCGUGCCCUUACUAGUGUCUACAGCCUUUCCUUCCCGCUUGCGAUCAUCCUCGCCGUGGUCGGCGUUUUCAAGUGCGGAGGCUGGUGGCACAUCGAUCUUCACGAUCUCGCCAAGCAUAACGCAAUUGAGCAUGAUGGGUCCCUGACACACGAUGACACUCCCCGCGGAAGCACGUUCGCCCCGAUCGAAGUGGACAGCAAGCUUGUGCACCAGCUGCUAUCGGUCUCGCCCUGCGAGUGGCUGACACUUUCCGACUUUGCCAAGGCACGCGCGGAACGAGAUCAGCAGAUGCAGACUCCUCUCGAUGCAUUGCACGCGGAGAUUGCGAGGGGAGAAGCGGUUCUCACGAUGGAGGUUUUGGGCCAGCAUAUUUCGCACAAACAUGCCGCAGAUGUCGUGCACCACAUGGUUACGGACGAACAAGGAGUUCCAAAGACAUUUAUCGAACAAUGGUUCCAGGAAGAGAAGCUCCCAGAUGGAUGGAGGAGGCCAGCGACAUCAGUGGGACUGUUCGAAGUGGCGAUGAAGUCGAGAUGGGUUGAGAAAGAAGUGCGCACGCUACGGACUAAGAAUGCCUGA